AUGGUCGUGCUACUUGUUUUUGGAGGAGGACCAAACCGGGAAUCGCCUGGUUUGCAGUAUUGGAAGCACCCAAGUCCUAUCAACGAGUAUAUGAUUCCUGGCCAUUCUGGCUACCUAAGUACCUUUAUUGCUACCGUCUGUUUUCCCGUGUUUGCAUUCGGCUUUGCCCCAGAACUUCCUAUCGUCGCCGGUGGAGGGAUGCAGUCCCCGACGCAAUCGACCAACCACAGGAAACGGUACUUCUACAGACUCGUACUUUUGUACAUCCUCGAAGCUUCUGCCAUCAGUGGGAUUCUCCCCGAGUGA